UGGCUGAGAGCGGAGCCGUGGGGCAGCCAUGGGGCAGGGAGCACCUCCGGGGCCGGGAGAAGCCGCCGGUGCUGAGCCGAGGAGGCACCGAGCACCGGGAGAACGUGGCACCGUGACAAGUGUCCCGGUGCCAGGAGGUUCCCAGCCUGCGGGGAACGAGACCGCAGGCACAACCAGGGUGCAGCUCGCAGCGGGACGGGGUGCACCCAGGGGUGGGUGCUGGGUGUCCCUUGGGGAGCUGCCGUGCCCCGGGUGGCUCAUUGUGGCCGUUUGCCCAUCCUGGGGUGCUGGGAGAAACUGGGCAGGCAGGUCAUUGCCCGCAUACGUCACGGUGCUCAUCCCUGGCAGCACACGGGACCCAUCUCACCACACGUUGGCACCACCCAAAGGACCCAUCUCAGCACCCACCAUCUCUGCUUGGCCCUGCUGGACCCAUCUUGGUGCCCAUCAUCUCCUCCUGGUCCUGCCCAACUCAUCUUGGUGCCCGUCAUCUCUGCUUGGCCCUGCUGGACCCAUCUUGGCAUCUAUCAUGUCCUUCUGGUCCUGCUGGAAGGAGCUCAUCAUGUCCCGGUUCUCCUGGAACCAUCUUGAUGUCCAGCAUCUCUGCUUGGUCCUCCACAGAACAUCUUGGUACCCGUCAUCUAUUCCUGCUCAUGCAAGACCCAUCUUGGUGCCCGUCAUCUUCUCCUGCUUCUCCUGGACCCAUCUUGGCAUCCAUCAUCUUCUUCUGCCCUUGCUGGACCUGUGUUGCUGCCCAUCAUCUUUGUUUGACCCUGCUGGACACAUGUUGACAUCUGUCAUGUCCUCCUGGACCCACCUUGGAGCCCAUCAUCUCCUCCUGGUCCUGUGCAAACCAUCUUGGCACCCAUUGGCUCUGCUGGACACAUCCUGGACCUUCAUGUCCUGGUCCUGCCCAACCCAUCUUGGUGACCGUCAUCUCUGCUCGGCCCUGCUGGACACAUCUCGGCACCCAUCAUCUCCUCCAGCUUUUCCUCCACCCAUCUUGGUGCCUCUUGUCUCCUCCUGGUCCUACCCAACCAAUCUUGGUGCCCAUCCUCUUAGCACCCAUCAUCUCCUCCUGCUUCUCCUGAACCCAUCAUGGCACCUGUCAUCUUCUCCACGUCCUGCCCAACCCAUCUUGGUGACCAUGAUCUUCUCCUGGCCCCGCCCAACCCAUCUUGGUGACCAUGAUCUUCUCCUGGCCCUGCCCAACCCAUCUUGGUGACCAUGAUCUUCUCCUGGUCCUGCCUGACCC